AUGGCCGUCGACGUUGAGGCGGGCAAGCAAACUUCCCAGUCGAAAAACUUUGCCAGUGGCGGCAGCGGGAGCAAUCCAUUCGACGAUGCCGUCGUCCGCCGCGGCUUCGUCGCCAAAGUCUUCGGCAUCCUCUCGAUGAUGCUCGCCGUCACCUUUGGCAUUCUGCUCUUCUUUAUGUUUGUAAAGCCAGCAUCCGACUGGCUUCUUCACCACAUGACGGCCGUCUUCUUUCUCUCCCUGGCCGUCUACAUCAGCACGGCCAUUCCGCUCAUUUGCUGUCCGCACCUCGGCCGCCUGGUGCCGCUCAACUUCAUCGUCCUGGGCAUCUUCACGCUGGCCAGCUCCUUCAUGAUCGCCCCGCUGAUCUUCAGCUACGAGCUGGACGUGAUCCUCAUUGCCAUUGGCGUCACCCUGCUCAUCGUCGUCCUGGUGACCGUCUUCAGCGCCUACACCGCCAUCGACUUCACGCAGUGCUUCUGGGUGAUGGCCCUCGCCCUCUGCGGUUUUGUCCUCACCACCGCAAUCAUGUACGUGGUGAUGGCCUUCACCGGUGUACCAAAGUGGUACCUUCCGUUGGAGGGGGGCCUUGGCGUGGCCAUUUUCGUAUUCCUGCUCAUCUGCGACAUGCAGAUGAUGCUGGGCGGGCGACGAUUUCAGUACUCGCCCGAGGACUACGUCUAUGCCGCACUGAGCAUCUACGUAGAUAUUAUCAACCUUUUUCUCUACCUAUUAGAGCUUUUUGGCCCCUCUCGCUAG